GCCCGCUUGGCCUUGGCGUCGGCGUCGCUCCCCGGCUGGGGCAGUAGGCCGGCCUCUCUCCGCAGUCGGUAGGUGAAGUGCCGGCGGCGGAGGGUCACCAGCCGCGCGGCGUUGGCUGGGGCGUUGGGGUCGUUGUGUCUUGACAGCGACGCUGGUAGUCUUUUCUGCGACAGCGGGUGCGGCCGCGUUAGCCCUAAACGGGCUUCGCGGCUGUCUGGCGAGUCUCUGCUAGCGCCCGACCUUCUCUUCCCGGACCCCACGCCAGCAGCGACCCUGAGCCAACACCCGGAAAGACCGGUAAUGGCGGCCUCGACGGCCUCGCACCGGCCCAUCAAGGGGAUCCUGAAGAACAAGACGUCUACGACUUCAUCGGUGGUGGCCUCGGCCGAGCAGCCCCACCGGAGCGUUGAAGAGGAGCUGAGUAAAAAAUCCCAGAAGUGGGAUGAAAUGAACAUCUUGGCAACAUAUCAUCCAGCAGACAAAGACUAUGGUUUAAUGAAAAUAGAUGAACCAAGCACUCCUUACCACAGUAUGAUAGGUGAGGAUGAAGAUGCAUAUAGUGAUUCAGAAACCACUGAAGCCAUGUCUCCAGAUGUCUUGGCUAAGAAAUUAUCUGCUGCUGAAGGCUCAGAACCAAAGUAUCAGUCUCGGGAACACGAAAGCAGUGGAGAGGAGGAUAGUGAACUCACACCUGAAGAACAAGGUAAUUUAUUUCCUUUUCUGCUUUCAGCAUGAAGCUUAUAAUUUUUGCAAAAAG